AUGACAACUGUGCAACUUGCUUCUAUCGGAACAAAUUUCACAAUUUAUGCAGGUUCCGUUCUUUUCUCUCUUGGCUUUUCGGGUAAUAUCGUAACCAUAUACAUUUUUCGAAAGGCACGCAAUACGCCCAUUACAUUUAUAUUAAUUAUGCUUUCGAUUGCGAAUUGUUUAUCAUUGAUUGUUGGUUUAUUAAAUCGAAUUCUGGUCGCGAUAGUUGGUAUUGAUCCAACUCUGGUUUCACCUAUUUGGUGUAAACUACGUGUGUACAUUGGUCAAACAUCUGUUCUGAUUUGUCAGUCGUGCGCUUGCUUAGCAUCGGUCAAUUGUUUCCUCACAACAUCCCGAGAUAUUCACCGACGUCGACUAGUGUCUCUUACUCGAUCUCGUCUGUCUGUUCUUCUAAUCGUUAUCUUGUGGCUCGUUCAUGGUUUAUUCAAUCCAAUAUUAACCGAAUUAGUCAUCAUUCCGGGUAAAUCAUCAACAUGCUCCUUAACAAAUCUGAUCGCAACAACUUAUACGGGAUUCUUUCUCCGUCCAAUUCUAAUUGGCGUUUUCCCCAUAUCUAUACUGAGCAUCUUCGGAAUGUUAACAUAUCGAAAUUUACAUCUGAUGCAUCAUCGACGACGCUUCGAUCAGCAAAUCGUUUGUAAGAUGUUACUCUUUCAAAUGAUAGCAUAUGUGGUAGGAACGGCACCCUAUGCAAGUUUUUAUGCUUAUCAAACGAUUAGUUCAACUCUACGUGUAAAAUCAACGAUUGAACGUGCACAAGAAUCUUUGAGUCUUGACUUUAUAAACAUUAUUUUCUAUACACCACAAGCAUCGCCUUUCUAUGUUUAUUAUUUGUCAUCGGGAAUUUUUCGAAAACAAGUCAAAGAUCUUUUCACCUUCUGUGCUCACAAUCGUGUUACUCCAAUUGCCGGAAAUGACAAUACUGAACCUAAAAUAUAA